UUGAGCCACUAAUUUCAUGUUUUGGCGAACCUACUGGGUCAGUUCAGGAGCUAAUGUUUCCUUCAGCAAUACCAACUGCAGCAGUAGCUAAUAAGGUGUUAAAAAAGUGUCCGGUAAACCCUGUGGACAUUAUUUGUAAUCAAAGUUUGGCAAAUCUUCUUUCCUUUCUCUCGUGUUAAAUUGGGUUCUAUACUGAUCACUAACUCUGACAGAGAAAUGGGAGGGUCUUAGCAUGACAACAUUCCCGGAAGCUUGUUUAACUUGUUUGGAGUUGAUUUUACUGACUUCCCCUCCCUGUGCUGGUACAAGGAAAGGAAAGAAGCUACUCAUGUAGCCCAGAUUGAGGAUGGGUCAGGCAACGUAGCUGUCUCCUCCUGCAGUCCUGUAAUUAGGCUUCCAUCUUAAAUCCUCAUCUGUGCAGCCAUGGGAUCUUGGACCAGGCCUACCUGUAAAUGCUGUAUUUCCAAGGCAGUGCAGCCUCUGGUUGCCCUGGAGUUAACUGAGGACAUUAACAUGGAAACCAAGCAAUGGCUGAUGACCCGAAUCCAGGCAGAGAAGAUAGUCGGUGGUGCCGAGCUUAUGGUCCACCCUGGUGAAGAUGAUGAUGGCGACAUGCUUCUCGUUUCUGCAUCUCAACAUGUUCUACUGAGGGCAGCUGAGGUUCUGGGGCUUUACAAACUCUACAAGGAUGGCUCCAUGAUUUCAUUUUCUUACAGGGACAGCAGAAACUUUCAAAACUCAGACAACAUCAAUGAAUUUCUGACACUUGCUGAGCGUCAGUUUAUCAUCUUACACACACUGGAGAAUAUAAAGGCAGUAGAUGAGAAAUGUAUUCCAGGAUAUCCAUCCGAAACACUCUAUCCAGGAGAAACAAUUUGUAAGCUCUCGGUUUUGUAAGUAAAUUGUGAAAUGGCAA